ACAUAAUAAAAAAAAAUAAAGAAUUAGAUCGAGAUUCUCUGCGAUUGCUCUGCAAAACGUGAACGGAGACGAAACUCCGCCCAACUUCCGCCUUCCAUGGCGCGGCGUUGACACUCGAAAAACCUCUACCCAAAACCCCCCAGUUUCAGACAGCGAAUCGGCGCCGGAUUUCGGUCGGAAGUUGGAUUUGCUUCAGUAAAAUUGAAGUGUGUGAAGAUUCAUAUAGGUGCGCGUAUUUGGACGGAGGAAGGGAAGAGUUUCCGAUUGCAGAGAUUAAUGGCGUACAGGAGGAGGCAGCAAGUUGGGAGGGCUGAUAUCCCUUUUAAUUUGGAUUCUGCGCCUCCUGCUGCCGAUAGUUCCUCCUCUUCGUCUUCUGCAACCUCUCUCGCUACAAAAGCUAUACGAGCUUCCGCUGCGUAUAGGGAUUCAUCGCUCUCUUCUGUGUACGAACAAUCAGCUCUUUCUUCUCCGCGUGGCUCCACUCCGUCCGCUGUUAAAGAUUCCUCCAUCCAUGAUUAUUCUCCAAAGAAGAACAUUAAUGAAUCUAAGCAAGGGUUCUGGGGCGUGUUAGCUCGGAAGGCUAAAUCUAUUCUCGAUGAUGAUGUUGAUAUGGCUCAAACACAUGAAACUACUGGAGAUAGAAACUUCCGAGCAUCUGAUAGAACUACAAAGGGUCAGUUCUAUAGCACAUAUGAUGCCCCUGAUAGUCGCCAGAAGAAAGAGGGUCCUAAAUUACAGAAGGGUCUAGAUGCAAUUGCAUCAUCUCUUAAUUAUAUUGGCGGUACGAUUGGUAAUGCACUUGAGGAGGGUAUCACUGCAGUCGAAAACCGCACUGCAGACAUAAUUCAAGAGACUCGUAAAAUUCAAAUAAGAAAAAAGAGUGGUAAUUCUGGAUCACAGAACCAAGCAUCAAAUCUUGGUAGCUUGAGACAACAGCAUCUGAUGCAGACACAUGUGCAGCCUCAGAUGCACACUGAUUUAGACACACAACUGAAGGCAUCUCGCGACGUUGCUAUGGCAAUGGCUGCUAAAGCUAAGCUUCUACUGAGAGAGCUUAAAACAGUCAAGGCUGACUUGGCCUUUGCUAAGGAGCGCUGUCAUCAGUUGGAAGAAGAAAACAGAAUCCUCAGGGCAAGUCAUGAGAAAGGUGGCAACCCAGAAGAUGAUGAUUUGAUAAGGCUGCAACUUGAGUCCCUUUUGGCCGAGAAAGCCCGACUGGCCCAAGAAAACUCAGUCUAUGCACGGGAAAACCGUUUCCUAAGGGAGAUUGUUGAGUACCACCAGCUCACCAUGCAGGAUGUCGUCUACUUGGAUGAAGGCAGCGAAGAGGUCACCGAGGUUUACCCCCUCAAAAUUACGACACAACCCUUUGGCACAAUGCCAGCAACCCCAACCCCAACCAUACCCCAUGGUGCAAUUCCACAGACUACCCAGAAUCUAAUUUCCAGCUCUUUGUCAUCCCAAGAGCUUAAAGAGCCACCCCAACCUGCCAAUCCAUAUAUCCAAAUCCCGGCAGAUGCUAGAAGACACUAGCCAUAUCCCCACUGGGCUGCCAAAACUUUCCUAAUAUUCAAAAAUAUUGCUCCAGGUUUGUGCCCUUCUCUGUUGUUCUUGUUUGUAAAGUUGGUGAGGAACGAUUAUAUUUCUUUUUUGGAUGUAAAUUGUUGUGGUAACCUGUGAUUUAGACUUGGAUUCGUAUUCAUUUCAAGAUAGAAGGAUGUUUGUGUUGUGCUUAUUGACUUUGUGAAAUUGCCCCAUGAACAUUUUUUAUCUGGUGCUAAAUUAUAGCUAGAAUUUGU